UGUUAUUGGAAGCGGUGUGAAUUAACAGAGCAGCUUACACAAGUAUCCCAAAUUCUCCGUGGAAUUCAGGUGCCGGUCAACAAAAUGUCUCUCCCGCGUAACAUCGGUGCCUUGCUGAAGGUCUCGCGUACCCGCAGCGUGCCGUGUGCCCUUUAUCACCAGAACGUGUUGGAGCACUACGAAAACCCACGGAACGUUGGAUCACUUGAUAAGAAGGACAAGAACGUCGGUACGGGUCUCGUCGGCGCACCGGCCUGCGGCGACGUAAUGAAGCUGCAGAUUAAGGUGGAUGACAAUGGCAAAAUCAUUGACGCCAAGUUCAAAACCUUCGGUUGCGGUUCAGCCAUCGCGUCCAGCUCUCUGGCUACCGAAUGGGUGAAGGGAAAAACCCUCGACCAGGCAAAGCAGUUGAAGAACACCGACAUUGCCAAAGAGUUGUCCUUGCCCCCGGUGAAGCUGCAUUGUUCAAUGCUGGCAGAAGAUGCAAUCAAAGCGGCGCUUGAGGAUUACAACAAGAAACAGAAGAAAAGCGAGUAGACUUUAGUCCCUGUGAGCUAAGGAAAGGACGACGUGGAAGUAGAGAGGAGCUUGUAUGAUAAGAAUUGCUAUGUCAUAGUUUGUAUGUAUGGAAUUUCUGUAUGAUUAGUAAAUAAAAACCCUAUUACGGUGUUGAACAAAUUA